CCAGCCCAGGCAUUAGGUCUAUUGUUCAGAAUUCGUAUUGCUUUCUCCUGGUCAGAACCAAAACUCAAAAUCUCUGCCCGGAAAUGCUUCUUUCCUUCGCUUCCCGCCGUUUCUCUCCGUCCAUUAUCUCCUUCUCCGACGUGUUCCUUCCGCCGGCAACCGUAUUCUUUUCCACUAAAACAAUCAAUCCCAUUCCGGAGUUCGGUUUCAAGUUCGACAGCCCGGAAUCUCGUUCGACACACACUAAUUUCGACCCUCCUACUGUUCGCGAGGCGCUUGAUUCUUACUGCAAUGACUGGAGGCGAUCGUACGAGUUUUUCAACUGGGUCGAAUCAGAAUGUAAGUUCGAUCACACCACCGAGACCUACAAUCGCAUGCUGGACAUUCUCGGUAAGUUCUUCGAGUUCGACCUUUCGUGGGUCUUGAUUCACCGUAUGCAACAAUCCCCGUUUGCGUCACCAGAUCACGCCACGUUUCGAAUUUUGUUUAAGCGUUAUGCGUCGGGGCAUUUGGUUAGUGAAGCGAUUGAUGUUUAUGAGAGAUUGCGGGAGUUUAAAUUGAGGGAUGAGACUUCGUUUUGUAAUCUUAUUGAUGCACUUUGUGAUUCUAGACAUGUCGUUGAAGCUCAGGAUUUGUGUUUUGGGAAGAAUAGGAAGUUGGAUUGUGAUUCGAGUACGAAGAUUCAUAACUUAUUUCUUCACGGUUGGCUUAAAAUGGGGUGGUGGAGUAAGUGUAGAGAGUUUUGGGAAGAGAUGGAUAAGAAAGGUGUUCGUAAGGAUUUGCAUUCGUAUUCGAUAUAUAUGGAUAUACUGUGCAAGAGUGGGAAACCUUGGAAGGCUGUUAAAUUGUACAAGGAGAUGAAAAAGAAGGGAAUGAAAUUGGAUGUAGUGGCCUAUAAUACGGUGAUUCAUGCCAUUGGGAUUUCGGAAGGUGUUGAUUUUGCCAGCCGGGUGUUUCAUGAGAUGAAGGAAAUUGGGUGUAAGCCUAACGUUGUGACUUGCAAUAUUAUUAUUAAGCUAUUUUGUGAGAGCGGAAGAUUCAAGGAUGCCCAUGUGAUGCUCGAUCAAAUGCUUAAGAAGGACUGUCCACCGAAUGUUAUCACCUAUCAUUGUUUUUUCAGGUCUCUUGAAAAGCCGAAAGAGAUUCUUAUGUUAUUUGAUAGGAUGAUUAAAUUUGGGGUUCAUCCAAAAAUGGAUACCUAUGUUAUGCUCAUGAGGAAAUUUGGAAAAUGGGGGUUUUUGAGACCAGUGUUUUUGGUGUGGAAUAAGAUGGAGGAACUUGGGUGUAGCCCAAAUGAGUCUGCUUACAAUGCUUUGAUUGAUGCUCUUGUGGAGAAGGGCAUGAUAGAUAUGGCUAGGAAGUAUGAUGAAGAGAUGGUAGCAAAAGGUCUUUCGCCUAAGCUGAGAGAGGAAUUGGGGACAAAGAUGGUGAAUGGUGGUUAUCAUGCCAAUGUGAACAGCAACAAGUAGACAGUAUAUGCGCUUCUUGGUGCUUGUAGACACAUCUGAUCUUGGGGUAUACUAUUCCCAGAUUAAGAUGUUGCAAAAAAAGUUGAGGCUAACUACUUGAACUUUGAUCUGGACAGUUCUGUUAUACAGAAAUUUGAGGGGAGAGAUGAAUAGAGCACAUGGGAACAUGUUGUUAAACAUCUGAUAACGGCGAUUAAAACGAUAUUACUAGUUAAGCUCUAAUUUAGAAUGUUGAAGUUUGUCCUUUUUUCAUUCAGAUUAGAUAUCAUUGGCAGGCUAUCAAUAUGUCCAAAUGAGUAUCCAGUUCUUGAGGCAUUUUGCAGAUGAUCUCUCAGAUUCUUCAUGGAGGUACCCAUUGCAGAGAUAAUUACCAUCCCAGUGCUCAACCAUGAGUUUCUCCACGAUUACAUUCUCUUCCUGCUGGAAAUUCUUGGGGAUUGACCUCAGGUUUUGAUGAGGAAUGAUGGGUCAUUCAAAUUCGUCAAUCCUUAGAUGAAGAAGAGCCCGAGGAAGACAUAGGAAUUCCAGUAUGCAUAUUCAAUGUCCCUAAGUCUCUUAUGGUCAUUGAUCCUGAUUCCUAUACUCCACAGGAAGUGGCAAUUGGUCCAUACCAUCACUGGCGCCAAGAGCUGUAUGAGAUGGAGAGGUACAAGAUUGCUGCAGCCAAAAGAGCUCAAAAACAGCUCCAAAGCCUCAAGUUUCACGAUCUCGUUGAGAAGUUGACCAAGUACGAGCAAAAGACCCGGGCGUGCUACCACAGAUAGAUACCUCAAUUUCAACAGCGAAACAUUUGCUUGGAUGAUGGCCACCGGUGCCUCCUUCCUACUCGGUCCUCCGAGUAUAUACCAUCGAAGAAAAGAGUAUCUCAAGGGUUUCCUCAAUGUUGUCAUAUUUGGUAGAUUAUGAGGGAAGGAAGUCAGCACAUAAUGCCAUUCUGAGAGACUGAGUAAUGCUUGAGAAUCAGAUACCUUUAUUUGUUUUGUGAAAGAUGAUGGAACUUCAAUCUUCAGCUCUUCUUGAACCAGCAGAUCAAUUGUUGCUUUCUAUGUUGCUGGGACUGUAUGAAGAUCUUUCUCCUUUCAUGGUGAUGGAAGUUGGUGGAACUUCAAGUGUCGGUCUCGGAAUGCUUUCAUUUGCUUGAUUUUUUGUACAGAAUGAUUACUCCAAAGUUGGCUGACCCAUUGGAGACAAUUGAAGACGAUCAAAAUCAAAGGGAACCCGCCAAAGAAAACGUUGAAAGCACCUUUGAGCACUUAUUCAGUCCCUUGAGUAGACUUGGAAGUGAAAUUUGGAAGAUUCUAUCAAAGUUAAACGAAGGUUCGGUAGAUUUAUUCAGAAUAAUAGUUAGUUCUAGACCCAUGCAAGUGAUCUUCAAACUGCCAUGGACAAUCGUCUCUAAAGUUCCUGCCUCUCGAACCCCUAUAUUCACUGAGAAAGGGCGAAGAAAAUGAUCUAGAAAAGAUGGAAAAGUUAGACUUCCUUUGUUGGAGGAAGUAACAAUUCCUUGGGUGUUCGAUUAAGAAGGACAAGCACAAAUACAGAUACAUGAUAUAGAUACGAUAUGAUAUGGUGAUAUGUUAAUUUUUAAAAAACUAAGAUACGGAUACGUUGAAAAUACAUUAUAUAUAAUGUUUAAUUAAUUGCUAUAA